CUGCAACUACAUGAAUGGCCUUUCACGCAGUCAGGAAUAGUCUGGAGGUGUCAGACCCUUCCAGAAGGCGAAGCACAGCUGCUAUAAGAGGCAGACACCCCCCCCCACACACACACACACACACAGGCCUCUCAGAUCACAAACCAGAGCAGCAGCGGCGGCAGAGACGGCGCAGCCUCGUUCACAAAUGGCAGAAACCGAGCGGUGAGACUCUUCCGGACCCUGAAGGGAAACCGAUGAGCAUCCGCUCUCAAAAAGACAUGUUUGAGAAGCUGGAGGAAUCCUUCCGACUCUGCGCACGCUGCGAGAAGCGGCCCCAUCAGCUGUCGACCCCGCAGGGCCUGAAGCGCUGCGCUAGGUGCUUGCACGUGUAUUACUGCUGCAAAGACUGCCAGAAGCAGGACUGGGCCAAGCACAAGAGGAUGUGCCCGCAGCUGCGUCUGGCUGCCGUCGACAGAGUCGUGGAGUGGCUCGUGUUUAAAGGAGACCUUCCCUUCCCCACAGAAAGCUGGUCCAGGCCUCAGUCCGAGGUUAAAGGCUGGGACGACUGGCUCUCCAUGCAGGGGGAUCUCACGCCUCGACUCAGGCCCAUCGUAGAAGGAGCAAACAUGGCAGAGCUGUGGGCCAACGCUGGCAGGCCUCGGCCCGACGACGAAGACCUGAGGCAGUCUCUGUGGAGGGUCUGCAGUGAGUUCCUCUCCAGGCCCCUGACUGUCGCCUGGGGGAUGAGGCUGUUUGGACUGGACCCUCGCUCCAAACCCCUCACCGUUCACCUCGUGGGGGCCGGUCAGAGCGAGACCCUGGCAGCCAGACUCACGGACUACGACGAGCUGAACAAGAUGUUUCCCGGACACGAGGGCGUGGAGGUCGUCAUGGUGGGACCCGAGGUGGUGGACGGCCCCGUCGUGAGGCCUCCGCUCCGGGCGCUUGGCCCCAAGCAGAGGGUCUACAUCAGCGCCUAUAAAGGCCUCUACCACCAGUUCUGGGAGGAUGUGGUGGAGAAGGAGGAGGCGGCCCGGCCAGAUCUGGUGGUUGGAUUCCAUCCUGGGUUCGAUGCCAGUCAGGGCUUGGACCAGGGUUGGCUUCCCACACUCCUUCUCCUCAGAGAUUACGAGAUUCCUUCGCUUUUCACUACUUUCAGCGAGGCCGAGAUGACCUACUCGCUGCAGAUCCUGUUGGAGCUGGAGAUGGACAUGAAGGGAAGUGGCGCCAACCCCUUUGCCUCGCUGAAGCCAGAAGUGGUCGGCUCGAGCCCCAACAGCCCUCCUGUGUACAGCAGCUCGCACUACUUCAGUUUUCAGGGUCUAUUGGAGACCGUGGAGUUUGAGGAGCCUGAGGAGUCGUGAUGCGUCGCCAAAACACUUUUAUUUGGACAAUGAAGCACAUUUUUAAAGCCAGUAUUUGCCAUUGUAAAGCUACUGUGUGAUGUUUUGAAUUCACUAUCUCAGUUUUAUGGCAGAGUUGUGACAUUUGCAUGAACUGUUUAACUGAGUUGUUUUACUUCAGAGACUAUAAAACAUUUAUAGCAAUA